GUCAUUUUCUUGCGCGUUCCAUGUGUUGAAAUCGCUUUUGUAGAUCCGGUCAGUUUUGUUUGCGGAUUUUGUGAAAUAAUAGAAACACUCCACAAUGGAUGAUGGAGAUUUCGAUAAUGAUGAUGUCGGCGGGGAUGAUUUCGACGAUGUCGAGGACGACGACAACAUCGACGAACUGAACCAGGAAGAAGACGGGGAUAAUAUAGAAAUCAUCAAUCCCGGACAGGCAGGUGGCGGUGUACCGAAAAACAAGCGCAUUACCACCAAGUACAUGACCAAGUACGAGCGAGCGCGAGUCCUCGGAACCCGUGCACUACAGAUUGCCAUGUGCGCCCCGAUCAUGGUCGAACUGGAAGGCGAAACGGAUCCGCUGCAAAUUGCCAUGAAAGAAUUGAAACAACGGAAAAUUCCCAUAAUUAUACGCCGCUACCUUCCGGACUCGUCGUACGAAGAUUGGAGCAUCGACGAGCUCAUCAUAAUUGAUCAUUAAGUUAAAGUUAUCACUAAAAUAUAGACCCCUAACCAAAACACACGAACUCAAUGCUUU